CUCGCAAUCUUCUACUGCGCUUUAGCUGUUGCUUCAUUCAUUUUGUCGAAACACCACAAAAUGAACGAUGGAUUGAUAGUAGCAACAGUUGCGUGUUUCCUAAACACACUAACCAUCGUGGUAGUUUGCAUUUGGCUACAAUGCUCUGGAUCACUGAAGGUCGUACCGGAGACAGACGAGAAGGGGUUCUUCUCAAACAUUUCCGUGUACGUGUCUGGAAAUCAGUUCGAGCAUGUGAAGCUGGCUUUGUUUUACUCAGUGAUUGGCGUCACUUUCCAUUCCGUCUACGCUCUGCACAUCAUCAUCAAACCGGAUCCAGUGGGUGGCAAAUGGAGAUGGCAAAGGGAAAUGUCCAAGGCUUUGGCCUGUGUGUUCCUGUCGAUGUUUGUAUAUUGGAUGAGCCACAGAAACAGAAAACUAAGACAAUGGCGACCCUUGCACAUUAUGGUGGGAAUGACGGCAACCAUGCUGUUUUUGGACUUGGCGGAAGAAUGUGCCAGUUACGGGGAUGACGAGUACGAAUGGGUCAUUUACGUGUUUCCUCUCGCAAUCGACUUCAAGAUGUAUGUCUUGAUCCACACGUGGAGCAAUUUGACGUCAGCCAAAACCGACUACUUAAUCGAACAAGAUAGAUACUAUAGGCAGCUAGCAAGACAAGUUGACUUAAGUGCAGUAGAGCCGUUGAGAUCUCAACAAGGGGGUUACGAAGAGCUCAGUGGGCGACACGAAGAAGACUUAUCUCAAGUAGAGACUAGGGACGGUGGAGAACCCCGACGAGAGAGCUACGAAACGUUCAAUGAACGAGAGCAGGUAAAAGAGCAACAGGGGAGAAAUAGUAGGGAGCAUCGCCGAGAAAGUACGGCUUAGAACAUGGGGAGUGGUUGGAAAUGGCAAGGAAUAUCGCCGAGAGAGUAUUUUUAAAUUUAAGAGGCAGAGUUAGAAAAAAAGGUUAGAGAACAGUAUUAUAACAGUAAAAUCGUCGAUUCCUUUUA